CACCAACCCCCCUUUUUUUAUCUUUUCUCGCAAUAGCGAAUGACGAAGAUGCAUAUUCCGGCGUUAGGUUAUAAAGCAUAAUUGGUGAGCUAAGGUGACAAAGGGAGGCUCGGUCUUAUAAUACUUAUAUCCUUCUAAGGUUCCUUCUUUAACUAAUAAGCGUACGAGUCUUUUUUUUCUUCUCAUUCAUGAGUCUUUCAUCGACGGGUUGCAAACGAAACGGCGAGGAAUAGAAAUCGGGAACCCGGACAUCGGAUAUCGGAAUGGGGUCAGAGCAGCAACAGCAGAAUGGUUUAGGCGCCGCGGCGCCGGAAGCGAGGUCGAAGCCUACUGUGUGCUUCCUUGGCCCCGUCUCCUCUUAUACACACCAGGCUACGUUAGAAACAUUUCCUACAGAUAAAUUCGACUUGAUACCCGUUGAGACUAUUAAAGACAUCUUCGCAACAACGCAAUCCGGCCGCGCCACCUACGGCGUCGUGCCCUACGAGAACUCGUCCAACGGCUCCGUGGUCUUCACCCUGGACCUGUUCGCCGACCGCGCCGGCGAGUACCCGGACAUAUCCGCCUGCGCCGAGAUCUAUCUCGACGUGCACCAUUGCCUGUUGGGGCACCCCCUUCCUUCCCAAUCCCAAUCCCAAUCCCAAUCCCAAAUUCCACCCCAGUCUCAGGACCAGGGACAAGGACAGGACCUAGACGUAGACCUAAGCCACAUAACCCGCGUAUACAGCCACCCACAAGCCUUCGGCCAAUGCGCUUCAUUCCUGCGACAACACUUACGCGGCGUCGAGACCGUGGAUACGAGCUCGACGAGCCGCGCGGCGGAGCUCGCGCUCGCGGACCCGAGCCGUCGCAGUGCCGCCGUGUCCAGCGCCGCCGCGGCUAAGCUCCUCGGGCUGCAGGUGCUAGCUCGCGAUAUCGAGGACCGCAAGGACAACACGACGAGGUUCUUCGUGCUGAGGCGGGGGAUCGGUGAUGUUGGUGAGGAUGGGGACGAGGAGGCGCUUAGGGAGGUUUUGAGCGCUAGGAGGAGGGGAAGGAGGGGGGUGGGGAAGAGGAAGAGGGCGGAUGUUAAGGGGGAAGACGAGGGUAAAGAAGGAGGUGAAGCCGAGAAAGAGGGUGCGGAAGAGGAGGGAGAAGGCAAACCAGACAUCUACUCGCAGACCAAAUCGCUAGCCUCCUUCACGGUCCCGCACCGGUCCCCGGGAGCGCUCGCCGACGUGCUCGAGUGCUUCCGGCGCGCGCGCCUCAACCUGACGGGCAUCCAGAGCCGGCCCAGCCUCGCCGAGCCCUUCCAGUACGUCGUCUUCGUCGAGUUCGAGGGCCACCGCUUCCGCGACCCCGAGGGCCGCGUCAGCGACGCGCUCGCCUGCGUCGCCGGGGUCGCCAGGAGCUCGCGCUGGUUGGGGAGCUGGGAUAGUAUGCGGUGAGGUUUUUUCAUUCUGAAGUAGGUAGGAAAGGAGGGACGAGGGAAAAGGGGGUUAGGGGGUUCUUUGGAUAAUAGGGAGAGAAGGGGAAAAGGCGGAAACGAAAACGGGGAGGGUAGGAAGGGGAGUUGAGAAAGCGUUUAGACUUUGUAUAGGCGCCUAGGGUCUCUGGUUUUCAGCGAGAAAACAUCCAUAUCUAGCACACUACACUGGCGUCUAAAAAUGGCUAUGCUCCAACUUCGUAUAGAAAGGAACGUUAUGGGUAUAUCAAAUAGCGAAUUAAAAAGUUCAGGUCUCACGGAUCUAUGCGGAUUACAUUUCGUCCGAUUGAUUAGUUUAUUAGCACCAGUAAACCGAUAUCCAUAAGCCAACG